AUGGUCCAUGCACCUGCUCGAAAGCUGAGACCUGUCGACGAGUUUCUGCCUCGGAACACUCAACAAAUAUCAGUAGACAUCGUUGCAGUCCAUGGACUUGGUUCGUCGCCGGAGACGGCGUGGGCCUAUCGGCGCGGUACUAGUCCGCAAGACGCUUCUGCUUCCGAAGCACACAUUGGCCCCCUUUGGCUUAAGGACUUUCUUCCUCUUGACGAGCUUCGAGCCCGAGUUCUGGUGUACUACCACAAUUCAGGAUGGCAAGCACAUGCGACUAGCAUGUCUCUCAGAGGCUAUGGGCAAGAUCUUCUAACGUCCAUAGAGGUCAUGAGACAAAAUGACGAAGAACGCACACGUCCUAUCAUGUUUAUCGGAUACAGCUUUGGGGGGCUCAUCAUUAAGCAGGCUAUGAUCAUGGCAUCGAGCAACGAUGUAAACAAGUCACGGCGUAGACUUUCGUCUGAUCUUGUUAAAGGCUUUAUUUUUCUUGGUACUCCACAUAAUGGCUCGAGCCUUACGUUUUUGGCUAAAGCCAUGUCACUUCUGAGUUUCUGGCAAGGGGCAAACACGACUCUGCUCGAAGUAUUAGAUCAAGAUUCGAGAGAAAAUGAGUUACUCCAUCGGGACUUUAUGAAGUAUUGUGGGAAAAAGGACAUGGUUAAUUUCUACGAAGUUCAAGCAGAACGCAUGGGUAGAUUUGCAUUGGCGAAUGCCGUAUCAGAAAAGUCGGCAACCAUAGAUGGAAAGAUAAACAUUCCAUCUCCUGGUCAGCACCGGGAAAUUCACAGGUUCAACAGUAACAAAGAUGUUGGCUAUACACGAUUAUGCGAAUACAUCACCACCUUGAUUCACGACAACAUCGAGCAGAAAGACUCUAGAAGGCUCGACGUGAAAUUGCUUUCUGGCGUUGUCGAGCAGACUCUUCGAGAGCUUCGGGAAAGCAAUAGUCAUGUCAACCUGGAUGCUAUGGAAUGGUUCAUGCAUGGCCCCGAGUAUAUGGCUUGGCUCACAUCUCCUGGCGCCCGAUUCCUGUGGUACCACGACCCACCCGGUAUGGGAAAGACCAUGAUAUUACGACAUGUAGUUGAACAGUUGCAAUUGAGAUACAGUUCGUUUAGAACGUACCUCGCUUUCUUCUUCUGCUCCCGGAAACUCAGUAUCCCAUUAUCCGGGACCCCACAGCUUCUCACAUCCUCGAUAGCAUCAGCGACAAUAGUCGCCUCUAUCAUUUCUCAGUUCGCGGACAAAGCUAUGCUUCAACAUAUUCCUUUAGAUGUUCAAGAACAUUUAUCAAAUGGCCAUCAGCAUCUUGGUCAUGAACAUGAAGCACACCUGUGGGAAAUCUUAUCCAAGAUCUUGCUCAAUAUUCUCAGCUCUCAAAAAGAAGUGUGGAUUGUCCUCGAUGGUGUCGAUGAAUUACUAUUAACGGAAAGAAGUCAUUUUAUGCAUGGCCUUCGUUCCCUCUGGAAUGAUUUGAACUCAGGAAGUCGAGUGGAACAUAUGUCAUUCAAGGUUUUGCUGGCAAGUCGGCCUUAUCAAGACAUUCAGGAAAUCUUAGAUGGUCUACCGUUUGUUAAUCUGGGAAAGGAGUCCGCAGAUUGUCUAAACUCUCUUGCUCUCAAGGCUAAUAAUGAGCGCCGUUCACUUGUCUCUAUUGGAGAGGAAAGCACAGGGGCGUGGCUUUGGGAGGACGAUAGCUUCAAAGAUUGGAGCAAUCAGUCGAACUCAUCCUUCCUUUGGAUACAAGGAAAGCCGGGAAGCGGAAAGUCCACGCUAUCUAAGAAGAUCCUGCGGCACAUAAUUCAAAAAUAUGAGCUGCCAGACUACCAAGGCACAUUCGGCAAAGCUGCACGCCUUGAUUCGGCCACUCUUUCUGGGCUAAAUGACACUCGUUCCGUUCUUGUGGCCAGCUUUUUUUACAGCUUGCGGGGAGCCAAGUCUGAUACAAAUAACACACAAAUGCUUCAGUCACUACUAUGGCAGCUUCUGUAUCAAGAGCAAAAGCUCUAUCCUAUGUUCCGAGAGACGUAUCGCGACCUACUGGAGCGUGCCAGUGGACGGCCCAGUGCAAUUGACUGGAGCUUCGAUGAUCUCCAGAAAGUAUUCCAGUCGUUAAAAAGGUUCGAUGACUUCCCUUUGAGGGUGUUUUUGGUCGUUGAUGGUAUGGACGAGUCCGACAAGCUUGAAAGAGAAAGGGUUCUACUCCUGCUGCAACAUCUUUGCGCUGCUGAUUCCGCUUGCGUUACUCAGUGUGUUCUUGCGAGCCGGCCAGAAGACGACAUAAAGAGCAACCUGCUGUAUCAGCACGGUAUUAACCAUUUCUUUCAUAUGAUUCUGGAAAAGAAGAACGCAAGCGACAUUAAACGAUUCAUUGACGUCAAAAUGGCCCAGCUCCAAAAUGCUUACCUUCUCAGGCUUUCAACUCUAAGUCGCGCCCCGAUGAACAUAGAGGUAUUCAAGGACAUAAUGCUGGAAAUCACUACAAAACUAGAAAAGGAAGCGUGCGGUGUCUUUCUGUGGGUGGAAAUUGUAACAAGAGAAAUGGAAAGAUGUCUCCGUCAUGGCUACACGGCGGCAGCUAUGAGAAAGACCAUUGAAAAUCUUCCGCAAGAUUUGGAGCCUUUCUAUGAGCGAAUCAUCGGCGAUUUGUUGAAACAAUAUGAAAAAGACGAGAACAAGCAAUUCAACGCAGCAACCGUGGUUGAAGCACGACGAAUGCUGACAUGGGUGACGUACGCUGAACGGCCAUUGAAUCUAGUCGAGUUUUGCGAUGCUAUUGCCAUACCCGACACUGUGACUCCGAUAAGCGGAUUUCAGUUUCAGGAUUUUAGGCUUCCUGAAGAGCUGGCAAUGCGGCAGAGGCUCGAGUACGUAUGCGGUGACCUGCUCGAGAUCAGAUCGAUACCACAUCAAGGCCCAUUACCAGAUGUUGGAGAAAAAGAAGACAUGGUUCAACUGCUGCACUUGACGGUCAGGGAAUUCCUCACGCGAGACAAGAGAGCAGGGCCAUUCUGUUUAAAACGCCUGCAAGGGGAGUACGAAAUAUUACAAAACUCAAUUUGCUAUCUUCGCCUCUUUGUCGAAAGCUGCCCAUCAAUCCACGAACACCCGGAGCUUCAGGAGCUAGAACGUGGAGCUGAGUAUCUCGUUAGAGAAUUACAGUCUUGGCCUCUAUUGUACUAUGUACUGCGUUUUCUUCCCCGACAUAUUCAGAACUGUGGCCAAAAUUCCGAGCGGGCGCUACAGCUCGGUAAAGAGCUCGCUGACUUCGUUUUGAACCACGAGGGCAACAUGGCGUCUCCGCUCUUGGAAUCUUGGUUCAGAGCAACUGGGCUCGGGAGCGGGUUUAUGGGAGACCGUCGUGAGGAUGCGAGGCAGUUCAGGUUCGCAUGCAUGGAUUCGGCUCUUGAAGUGAGCAAUGUACAAGUCGCCGUCACGCUACUCGAAACAGAAGUAGCAUCCACGUUCGGCACCCGAUCAAACAUCGAUGAAGGUAAUGACACAUACUCACAUAUAUUGCAUCAAGCUUGUAGGAACGAUGCUAUAUCUAUCGUUCGACUUUUAUUGGAAAUGGGAGUGCCUCCCGACAUAGGUGCGGGAGACGGCGAGACUGGCCUACGAAUUGCUUCUGAAACUGGGAAUGCAAGUAUCGCUGACAUGCUUCUUCGCCAUGGAGCAGAUAUUGACUUUACAGGGAUUCAUGGAACUGCUUUGCGGGCAGCUGCGAAGGCUGGGCACAUGGAAUUGGUACAGCUGCUCAUUGAACGUGGCGCAGACGUCAAUUGGUCGAAUGCUGAUGGUACUGCUUUGGAGGCAGCGUCGAAGGCAGGAUAUAUUGACAUUGUACAUUGGCUCCUUAUCAAGGGUGCAGAUGUCAAUCUGAUAGAUAUUUAUGGUACUGCUCUGUGGUCAGCUUCGAAGGCAGGGCAUGUGGAAGUGGCACGGCUGCUCAUUGAGUUUGGUGCAGAUGUCAACCAAAUAGAUGCUCAUGGAACUGCAUUGGAGGCAGCCUUAAAAGCAGGGCAUAUGGAAGUCGUACGGCUGCUCAUUGAACACGGCGCAGAUGCCCAGUUGGGAACCCAUGGUACUACUUUAGGGGUAGCUUAG